GAUCAAACGUAAAUAAACGAAAAUGGCUACGUUUUGAAAUAUUAAAAAAAUCAGUAAAAUGAAGUUAAAUUAAAACGAAAAAAGGCAGAAAACGUUCACUAACUGAAUAAAAUAUUGACUAUAUAAUGAAAUUUAGGUCAGGAUGUGGAUCUUCGGGUACGGAUCAUUAAUUUGGAAGGUUGACUUCCCCUUCAAAAGAAAACUUGUUGGUUAUGUGAAGGGAUAUGUCAGAAGAUUCUGGCAGGGAAGUGAGGACCAUCGAGGCGUGCCCGGAAAGCCAGGGAGAGUUGUGACCCUUGUCAAGUCAGACUCACCUGAGGAUGUGGUCUGGGGUGUGGCUUAUGAAAUUCACCCAGAAGAUGAAAUAAUGGUAAGAACUCACCUGGAUUAUCGAGAAAAGGGUGGAUAUCGUUCGUUAGCUGUGCAGUUCAAUCCAGUUGACAACAUGCACACUCCAUUCUUCCUGGAUAUCUACAUCGGAUCCAAUGACAAUCCCUUCUUUCUGGGACCGGCAGGAAAUGAUGAGAUAGCAUAUCAGAUAUCCUUUGCUGUAGGUCCCAGUGGAUCGAAUGCUGACUACUUGUUUGAACUGGCCAAAGCUAUGAAGUCCAUAGCUCCUCAGGCAGAAGAUAGUCACCUAUAUGAUUUGGAGAGGAAGGUGAAGCAGAUCUUGAAGCAUUCGCACACUGCAGUGAACAGUGCAUCUUCCAACAUGAGCAAGCAGGCUCUUGCUCUCUAAAUUCCAACUUAGCAUUGCUACGUCUACAUUAAUUUUUCUUUUAACAAUUUUUGCAUAUACAUUUUUGCAGUAGCCACCGUAACAUUAGAAAUAUUAGGGAUUUUUCGCAUUUUUAUUAGAUAACAUUUAACUAUUGUUGUUGUGACAUCAUUUUACAAAGUUAGGCAAAUAUAUCUUUAGCUUCAGUGAUACUCUGCUUUAUUUAAUGGUUUGAUGUGGCGGAAUGCAAGAAAACUCUUUUGAAAGUUUAGGGUGUCCUUGCUUGUCUGAUUGCAUUUGUUGAUGAUGUUAUGCAGAGGUGUUCUUCGACUGAAUUGAUUUUUGUUCACAUGUUCAUUCAAAUGUCCACCAGAUAUGAUUGAAUUUGAUCUUACAUGGUUAUUUUUGUAUCUAUGUAUGUGCAUUUUGAAUUUUUGUUAGUGUCGCAUCGAUGUUUGAAUUACAAGCAAUAUCAAAUUUGUGUACAAUGCAAUAUGUGAAUUAUGGUAACUUUUCAGAAUGAUAAUUGGAUUUCUAAAAUUUAAUAAACUUAAUAAGCUUACUAAUAAAAUUUUAAGACACCAUC